AUGUCUAACAGCAGUUCCAUCAGCCAGUUUCUCCUCCUGGCAUUUGCAGACAAGCGGAAGCUGCAGCUCUUGCACUUCUGGCUCUUCUUGGGCAUCUACCUGGCUGCCCUCCUGGGCAACGGCCUCAUCAUCACCACCAUCGCCUGUGACCACCACCUCCACACCCCCAUGUACUUCUUCCUCCUCAGCCUUUCCCUCCUUGACCUGGGAUUCAUCUUCACCACUCUACCCAAAGCCAUGGCCAGUUCCCUCUGGGACAAAAGGGACAUCUCCUACAAGGGAUAUGCUGCACAGCUCUUAUUCUUUUUAUUCUUCAUUUCAGCAGAGUACUGUCUCCUAACCAUCAUGUCCUAUAACUGCUACGUGGCCAUCUGCACACCCCUGCACUACAGGACCUUCCUGGAAAUAAGAAGACUUCAGAUCAUGGAACAGAUCCUCCUGGAGGCCAUAUCAAAAUGUAUGGAGUUGAGGGAGGUGAUCUUAAGCAGCCAACACAGCUUCACAAAGGGCAAAGAGAGCCUCACCAACCUCCUGGCCUUCUGCCAUGGAGUAAUUGCAGCAGUGGAGAAGGGAAGAGCUGCAGACAUCAUCUACCAAGAUUUGAUAUGA